AUGGCUUGCUUCGAGAUUGUGACGAAACAGGUUGUCGUGCUGGGUGACCGAAGCUGGAUGCCAACCCAAAAGAGUGUCGACGACCGGGUCUUCUGUGCUGUCUCGAAAUGGUCCCCGCAGCUUGUGAAAAUGAUCACAGGCAAACGACUGGACUUGCGGUCCGGCCAAGGGGAAUCAUCGGGGUCGCUGAACAUAAAGCUCUUUGACGAUUUGAUCGAGAAGAGGCAGGCUGCUUGCGACAAGCUGCUGGAAGAGGCCCUGAGGGACGAUGAAGCCGACGACGAGCCCAAGAAGAAGAAAUGCAAGAAGGAUAAGGUGAAGGCUUUGGCCAAGCAUUUGCACCUGUUGCCGGCGAUCGUCGACAUUACGAUCGAUGGCUUUCAGCUGUCGAUCCUCAGCGAGGGCCUGUCUACCGGGAGCAUCUUCGUGGAGAUGCUCUCCGAAAAUUUCAAUUGGCUCAUGGAGCAGGCGAAUCGACAAAUGCCUGUCGAUCGGAAGAAAAGAAGGCACAGCUCCCGGGACAAGACCGAUGCCAGCGAGGAUUCCGACAAGGAGGCCAAGAAGGUUCCAGCGGCGAAAGCCAAGGGCAAGGCCAAGGCCAAAGCCAAGAGCCCGGCCCUGAAGAGCAUCCUGAAUGGCUCCCCGGCCAAGAACCCGGCCCCGAAGGGCAUCGUUGGCUCCCCGGCCGAUGUGGUGGAGCGGCUGCAGCUCCACACGGACUUCUCGAAGUCCGGGAGGGGGAAAUACAAGAAUGAUGAAGGCACCACGAUUUCCUGGUCGGCCAAGAUGGGGUGGAAGAUCCUGUCUGUUGGUGACAUGUACUUCAAGCACCCAGACGUGCAGGCCAUGAACGUGCCUGCCAGCCCUGGCGGGUGGCUCUACUGGAACGACGAUGUGGGAGACUUUAAAGCUUCUGUGAUAUGCCUGGAAGGCCACGAGGAGUCGGACACCGUGGAGGUGGACGUCGAGGAUCCAGCGGCCGAGCCCAGCAUGCCCGACAUGUCAUUGCAACUGCUUUUGCAUGACCCGCCUCCGAAGAGGUACAUGGACCCCGUGCCAAAGACCAAGGCUUUGCCCUCGAACUGGGACGAAGGAGAUCUGAUGCCGGACACGAAGGGCAAAGGGCACUACGUGUCGCUUUCAUCGACGAGCACGGGCAGGCUUGCCUUGGUCUUUGUGAUGGUGCUUCAGGUUUGCCUCUGCUUGCUGCUGGCCCCGUUGCAGGAGUGGGCGGCGGGCAUGGGGAGAAAGAGGGCCCGGACACGUGGUGGCCAAGGUGUCCGGGCACUCCAGGCCCAAGGGGCCUUGGAGGAGUCCCGAAGCCACAUGGAGGACCCUUGCUGCUUGCCAAUCCACGAGAACAGCAAAGCUGAAGACACCGCGAGCCCCGACAUGCAGGACUUGCGGGCCUCCCUCCACACCAUGGGGGUCAUGGCCGAGACGAUGAACCUGCAAGAGAAGCGAUCCCAUGGUUCCUGCCUGGCACCCCUGGUUUGUGGCCUGGAGACCAGGGGAGUCCUGCAUGCUGUGAGCAGCGAAGGACCUGAAAUUGGGGGCAUUUUCCGGCUCGCCGCUUCGGGCACAGAGGGUCAGGGCUACCAGUCCCGAUGGGCUACAGCAGCUCGCUUUGUGCAGAGCAUCUGUGCUAUAUCCGGCCGUGCAAUGGCAGCUGCUUUCCUUCGACAGCUGAACCAGCUCCUCCAGACCCAGCAGCCCAUCAUGGGAGAUCAAUGGACUUCUCUCUUGGCUGCUCAGAGCGAGGUCGCCAUCAGAACGAUUCGUCAAAGCCACAUCACAGUCGAGGAGGGUGCAGAGAUCUGCAGCUUGGUGCAGCAGGGCCUUUGGUCACACGAGCAGAAGCAGGCCCUGGGUGCAGCCGUCUCCCAGACCUUGGCAGGCAGCACUCCAGCAAAUGCCAAGGCCAAGAAGAAGAACCAGGAAAUUCUCAACUUCUGGGGUUUCUUGGGCGCCGAGGACCGGAGAGUUUUGUCCAGCGACGACACCCUCGUCAUGAGGCUGACUCACACUGCUCAGAUAAUGGCUCGACUGGAGAUGUUCUGGCCAUCAGAACAGUCUGUGGGACACAUCAUCAAGACCCUGCAGAGUUGCAACAAUACUGGCUUGCAGAGCCCCGACGAGUUCCAUUCGGCUGUCGUGUGCCUCAAGAAGAAGGUGAAGACCAUGCUCAAAGAUGCUUCCUGUGGCGAGUUCGUCGCCAAGUACACUCGGCCUGAGGAUCUUCCACCACACACCCGAGAUCGCUUCGCAGAUGCCUUGGGAGGUGAGCUGCCUGGAACAAUGGUGCUGGCCCGUGAUGCUCUUCGUGGCAGUAACAAAAGCCUCUCUUUCCACAAGAGCAACACUGCCAUGGUGCUGGGUGGUCCAGCAGCAGGCCCGGCAAUGCACAUGCCCCACACCAUGCAGGGUAUGAUGCAGUUCUGGGGCAGCAUGGCAGCUAACAUGUUCAACCAGCAGCAGCAAUUGGCGAAGAAGAACGAUGGAUUGCCUGGGUUGAAAAUCUUCGGCGACCCAGCUGCUGCCGCCUCGUCUGGGACGAUGGCCUCCUCGCCUGCUCAACAGCAGGCCUUGCAGCUUCCUACAGUUACCAAUGAACCGGCACAGGGCAGCGGAACAAAGCAGGCCGAGCAACAGGGAGUGCUGGCCAGCAAGGAUCCUGUCAGUGCUGCACAACAUGCAGAUGAAAUGCUUCAAGCUUGGAAGGGCGACAACAAAGGGUUCGACAGCACCGUCGAGGCCGAGGCCAAGGAAAACGAGGCGAAGCACAAGGCAAAUAAGAAGCCCAAGGCUGCAGCCAAGGCCAAGGGUAAAGCCAAGGCCAAGGCUAAGGCGAAGGCCAAGUGCACGGCCAUGAAGUCCCAGCCCAAAGCAAAGUCGCAGCCCAAGGCGAAGGCCAAGGCUGCUUGCAAGGCGAAGGCGAAGUCGCAGCCGAAGAAGGUCCAGAAGGCUUUGAAGAAGUUCACUCGAGAAGAGGUCCGAUGCAUGACUUUGUCGGCUCGCAUCAAGCUGCGACCCAAUGGGUGUGGCAAGUGUCUCAGUCAGGUCUUGCAGGAACUCAAAGAGCUGCCCGAGUUGCCAUCUGGGACGAGUCGCCGAACACUGAAGCGGGCCCGGGAUGAGAAGACUCGGAGCUACCAAACUGCUUAUGGCGAGAUCCUAUGCGACUUCAAGUGUGUUGCCGAAACUGGUGUGGAGUUUGAAUUUCCUGUCUUGAACCCAGCUGCAAUGCUUGCCUGGGCGACAGAGCGAUGUCGACCAUUUGGCGAGUUCCUGGAGAGGGCCAUGGAUGCCACACCCCCCAGCAUUCUUCAACCAUGGGGAUUGGUGUGGUAUUCCGACGAGCUGGCUCCGGGCAACCAACUCAAGCACUCCAACCGGAGAAAGGUCCAGGCUGUAUAUUGGAGCCUGCUCCCUUUGGGACAGCAUGCAAUGGGUUGCGAAAAUUGCUGGUUCACUCUCUGUGCCAUUCGCAGCUCUCUGGUCGCAGAUCUCGGCGGCAUGACUGUGCUCUUCAGGCAGCUAGCAGCCUUGUUCUUUGAGAGACCUGACUUCAGAAAAGGUCUUGUGUUGCAGUGCCCUGGACAAGCACGUAUGCUCUUUGCCGACUUGAAGAUCAUCAUAUCCGACGAAGCUGCAAUUAAGGCUACCCUUUUCAAUAAAGGAGCCAGUGGGCUCAUAUUCUGUGUUCAAUGCCAAAACGCCGUGGACCACAAAAGCAGCAUUGCUGAAAGGAGUCGGGGCAAUAUGGUGUCCGGCCUGGAAACCGACAUGAGUUGCUUUCGGAUGCACACACCCGAGUCUAUACGAGACACCAUGGACUUCUUGCGAAGGCAAGAGAGGGUCCUCAACAAAGACAGAUUCCUGCAACUCCAAACAGCAAUGGGGUUCAAUUUCAAAGAGGAUGGAUUGCUGGCACAUGCAGCAUACGGGCCUCCGGUCAUCGAGUGUGUGAUGUUCGAUUACUUCCAUGUCUAUUUAGUCAAUGGCAUCUUCAAUGUUCUGACAGGGUUUUUUCUUGGAGAGCUUCACAACCAUGGCUGGAAGCACAAUGACAUUGAUCGCUUCGCAAAUGGUUUUACCUGGCCUUCUCGUUUGCGAGGUGCUGCUGCAAAGGAUAUCUUGCAGAAGCGAAAGCCAAGCGAAACCUUGAAGUGUGGAGCCAGCGAGGCUCUGAACUUUAUGCAGCUGCUGCGACUCUAUGUGCUAGUCUUUGUGCUGCCAAAUUGCAGCAGAGAUAUCCGGGACUCUUGCGAGGUUUGGUUGGCUUUGUGCAAGGUGAUUGAUGCUUUGCAAGCGAUCAAUGCCAAACCUUCAGCAUUUACCCCCCUGCAGUUGCAGCAGCUCAUCAAAAGGCAUCUCGAUCUGGCGAAAAGUCGGUAUGGAGAUGAGUGGUGGGUGCCAAAGUGUCACUUGGCAGGCCAUUUGGCGCCGCAACUGGCCAAGCAUCAGGUCCUCCUCAGAGCAUCCUACAAGAUGUACUCCAUGGUCACAUGGAAAGUCUGGCAGAGGGUGUAUACCUCCCAGGCCAAGGAGUUCGCUUGGUCGCAGGCAGUGCAUGGAGGAAACUUCACCGUGGCUGUCGGCGACUUGGCCUUGAUGGAUCUGGAUGGGGACAGCGAGGAAGACCUCGAUGGAUGCGAGCAGAAGGCGUCGAGACAGAGCGCCAAAGCAAGUUAUCUGGCCAAAGCUCACUCCGCAGUAAUCGGGUACAACUCUGAUCCACUGUUGCUGCACUUCGUCUACGACCUCUGGCUCUUCACCACCAUCGGAGGAGCCAAGAACAGCGCCGGCACGGGGACCGUGAGAGAAGCCUUGGCCACGAAGCCAUACUCUCCCGAGCUCUGGCGAACCUACCACACCGCGCUGGUGGAUCUGCAACGACAGGUGGGGUGGCCGAGCCUCUUCAUUACCAUCGCUCCCUACGAGUGGUCGUUCCCGUACCAUCAGUGGCUGCAAGACGAGCUGAACAAAUCUCUCCUAGCCAGGCUCGAGAUGCCAGUAGCAGAGACCUUGCAUCUGGCCCAUGUGCUUACUCAGGCAGUGAAAGGUCUUCUAACCGGAGCGAACGAAGGCCUGCAGGCCAAGCGAGAGCACGUCUUCUGUUCCGGAGAAGGACCCGGCAAAGUUCGGCACUGGGUGGCCAGGUUGGAAUUCCAAGACGGCAAGCGGAAACGGCACGUGCAUCGAACCGGCCAGUUCUACCACGGACGCGGAGCGGUUCACGUGCACAUCCUUCUGUGGCUAUCGGACAUGCAAGCCAUGGAACUGUCCUCGAAGAUCCGCGCCGACAUACCCGGCGAGGGCGAGCCGGAGAUGCGCGAUCUGGUGUUGGGCUCCCAACUGGACUACACCUCAAGCGGCUGGCCGGCACGCGAAGAACCCACCGAGGUAAGCAAGGAAGACCAGCGACUGAAACUGCAUCAUCCUCGCGAAGCUUUCGAAAGAUGCUGUCGGGCAUACGUCUCAGACGUCCUGGCCGCCCUUCGCUGCCACGUAGAUGUCCAAGCAUCGGAUGGUCGCGCGAUGAUUCUGAAGUACUGCGCCAGCGCCUUGUUUGCAAUCCGAGUAAACCGAUUUCAGCAUUUAGUCGUGAUGUCCUCACGGUUUGCUGCACCUCGCCGCGCAGGCUACCUUCCGAAGUUCAGCAGCUCCUUUGCAGCGGAACUACUCAACAACUAA